UGCUCCAAACUCAUUAACAGCGAAUCACAUCUUCAACCAAUUAACCCACCGACGCUAUGACUAUGUGUAAAUGCCAAAGAUUAAUUUUUAAGCAUAAUAAUUAAAUAAUAAUCUUAAGUUAAGACUGUGUAUAAUCACCAACAAAGCAGCUUUGAUUGCCAAAUUAGAAAAUCUAUCCAAAAACUACAUAGCAAAACACAACCAAAAUGAUUGGUGACACAUCGGAGAAUAUCGGUGCAAAUGCCUGGACAAAAUUGCUCGACGAUAAGGACAGUCCAAGCAGUAACAAUCCUGAAAUCACCAAAUCUACAGUAAUUUCUGAAGUAGAUUUUCAAAAAUGUAACACAAAAGAGGAUACUCUAUUGCCACUCGAGCGUUUGAAUGGUAAUUGCAGUAACCUGAGCAGUGGGGAGGGCGGUGUUGUUGGUGGUAAUACCAUCAGCGAUAGCACUGUUGGCGAGACGAAAUCGCAAUUAUCCCGUAAAGGAUCUGUACUCGGUUCAUUCCAUAAACAUUUAAGACGUUCAUUGAAGGCAGUCAGCGAGUCGCCUGGUCCGAUAACGAGGUAUCGACAGACACGUUUCAGCUCGCGACGUGUACGAAAACGUGUCAUCUUCAAGCAUGGCGAGUGUAAUGUGGUUCAAGGGAAUGUGGCGAAAAGACGACGCAGGUAUCUGCAGGAUAUCUUUACCACACUGGUCGAUGCACAAUGGCGUUGGACGAUGUUGGUCUUUGCGCUUAGCUUUCUCAUCUCAUGGGCGUUGUUUGCAUUCGUUUGGUGGGUGAUCGCCUAUGCACAUGGUGAUUUCGAGUAUAUUUACAAUCGUGAUUUCCAUCCCGAACUCAAUGUGAAUGUAAGCCAUCGUAUGUGCGUAACGGAGGUGCGUAGCUUUGUCUCGGCUUUUCUCUAUUCGGUGGAAACACAAACAACUAUCGGCUAUGGUAAUCGCUAUGUGACCGAGGAAUGCCCAGAGGCGAUAUUCAUAAUGUGUCUGCAGUGUAUAUUGGGCGUAUUCAUACAAGCAUUUAUGGUUGGCAUUGUGUUUGCCAAAUUGUCGCGUCCAAAGAAACGCGCACAAACUUUACUCUUUUCGCGAAAUGCUGUGAUUUGCCAUCGGGAUGGGGUGCCAUGUCUGAUGUUUCGGGUGGGUGAUAUGCGAAAGAGUCAUAUAAUUGAGGCGCAUGUGAGGGCGCAGAUUAUAAGAAAGAAGAUUACAAAGGAGGGCGAAAUAUUGCCAUUUUAUCAGCAAGAGUUGACGGUGGGCGCAGACGGUGGCGAAGAUCGUCUUAUGUUCAUUUGGCCAACAACAAUUGUGCACAAAAUCGAUCGUAAUAGUCCGCUGUAUAUGCUUUCGGCAUCGGAUAUGUUGAAGGAACGAUUCGAAGUUGUCUGUAUGCUGGAGGGCGUUAUUGAGUCCACCGGCAUGACGACACAGGCGCGCAGCAGUUACCUACCAUCGGAGAUCCUUUGGGGUCAUCGUUUUGUGAAUGUGGUCUCGUUUCGUAAGGAAACGGGCGAAUAUGAAGUGGACUACACGCUCUUCAAUAAUACCUACGAUGUGGAUACACCACUGUGUAGUGCAAAACAAUUGGAUGAUGUGAAGGCUGAAUAUGCGAAAAAUUCCAAAUUGGGCUUAGAACGUGCUUUCUCCGCCGGUCUCAUGCAUAUACCGUCCACCAUAUCUGUGGAUCGUCUGGAUCCGAAUAGCGAUGAGUCGUUGGACUCACGCCUACACACACGCAACAAUUCCAUCCCCAAUGGGGUGUUAGCCGAGGAGCUGCAACCGUUGAAUUGUGGUGGCGGUGGCGGUGGCGGUGGUAGUACCAACGGUAGCUACCAUUAUGUGCCGCCAUCAUUCACAGUCGGCGGUUCCGCGAUACAAUUACCCUCGCUGGCACUCUCCACAAAUCUACAUAGUAUUAAUGAGAAAACCAAUUCCGGCAGCAGCAGUAGCAGCAGCACUAAUAAUCUCACCAUUACACCCAACGCUACACCGAAUACACUCUCACCAGCGAUGGCGAAUACAACAUACAAUAAUAACAACAAUAAUAAUAAUCAUAACCAUGAUAAGAGUAAUAGCGGUAGUGGUGGUGGUGGUGGUGGUGGUGGUGGCGUAAAGAAGACACCAUCAAGUAGUCGACGAUUAUCGAUAAAACAAGAUCAAUUAUCGGUUGAUUCGAUUUGCUGAUAUUGGCGCCGACGUCUACGAAAUGCGGCAAGAGUGAGGAGUGUGAUAAAGAAGGGCGUACAAGGAUUGCACUAAACGGAGGGUUAUUGAGAGCAGAGAAGAGAGGGGAAGAGAUAUAUGAUUUAUGACUUGAUUUGAGGCAAUUGUGCUGUUUGCCUGAAUUGUCGUUUCGUGAGUUUUCUAUAAUCGACUGACUGCUUUCAUUUGUUUGCUGGAUACACCGUUUUUAUUGCAAAUAAUUUAAUAUACAUAUAAAUAUUUUUUUUUUUGCUAAAAUUAAGUAAAGAAAAACACACAUUAUUAAUUAAUAUUUAAUUACAAAAUAAUUAUGUAAAAAAAGUGUUUACAGCUUUAAUUGUAUUUGAAAGUCAUAAGCGCAAAUAACGUUAGUUUUUAAAAUUAUAGUAAGUUAAGUUGUUAGUGAAAAGUUGAGAGUGUAUUUUCGAAGUAAUUGGUUGUAUUCGACGGUGUGAUGUGACAAUAUUUAACGGUAUAGACAAAGUCAUUUGAAAAAAAAAAA